GGUGGCGCUUGGUGGCUGCUGGCGGCGGAGGUAGAGUCUGAGGCGCCGGAGUUGUGCAGGGCCGGCGGCAGCCCACAGCUCCAGGUUACAGCCUAUCAUAGCAGGAAAGCCGAAGCUACAGAAAUUUGAAACAGCUGGUCAAAUCCACCAUCAAGCAUGGAACGAAAUAAAUGCACGCAUGCUUGACAGGGUUCAGCUCGCUCUCCCCUUCUCAUUCAGACCAUGAAAUGUGCCAUCCAGCUUCAAGAUUUUGGAGCCUAAGGAACAUUUUUCAGAGGAGACUGCCAGUCCAGCCAUUUUGUCAACCAAGAUCUUGAUACAUAGCCACAGACUGGAACACUGGUGGGCCACAGUCCUCAGAUUCCUUCUUAAAACAGAUGAGGAAACUGACACUUGGUGAAGUUACGAAAUUUGUCCAAAGUCACACAGCUUGUAAAAGGCACAGCCAAGAUUCAGAGCCAGGUUGUAAAAGCUAACAUGAACAAACUACGGCAGAGUUUUAGGAGAAAGAAAGAUGUUUAUGUCCCAGAAGCAAGUCGCCCACAUCAGUGGCAGACGGAUGAAGAAGGAGUCCGCACUGGAAAGUGUAGCUUCCCAGUUAAGUACCUCGGCCAUGUAGAAGUUGAUGAGUCAAGAGGAAUGCACAUCUGUGAAGAUGCUGUGAAAAGACUGAAAGCUGAAAGGAAGUUCUUCAAAGGCUUCUUUGGAAAAACGGGAAAGAAAGCAGUGAAGGCUGUUCUGUGGGUAUCGGCAGAUGGGCUCAGAGUUGUGGAUGAAAAAACUAAGGACCUCAUAGUUGACCAGACAAUAGAAAAAGUUUCUUUCUGCGCCCCAGAUAGGAACUUUGAUAGAGCCUUUUCUUACAUAUGUCGUGAUGGCACCACUCGGCGCUGGAUCUGUCAUUGCUUCAUGGCUGUCAAAGACACGGGGGAAAGACUGAGCCAUGCUGUGGGCUGUGCUUUUGCGGCCUGUUUAGAGCGCAAACAGAAGCGGGAGAAGGAGUGUGGAGUCACUGCUACUUUUGAUGCCAGUAGAACCACUUUUACAAGAGAAGGAUCAUUCCGUGUCACAACUGCCACUGAACAAGCAGAGAGAGAGGAAAUCAUGAAACAGUUACAAGAUGCCAAGAAAGCUGAGACAGACAAGACAGUUGUUGGUCCAUCAGUGGCUCCUGGCAACACUGCUCCAUCCCCAUCCUCUCCUACCUCUCCUACCCUGGAUGCCACUGCCUCUUUAGAGAUGAACAAUCCUCACGCAAUCCCACGCCGCCAUGCACCAAUUGAACAGCUUGCUCGCCAAGGCUCCUUCCGGGGAUUUCCUGCUCUCAGCCAGAAGAUGUCACCCUUUAAACGCCAGCUUUCCCUGCGGAUCAAUGAGCUGCCUUCCACCAUGCAGAGGAAGACUGAUUUCCCAAUAAAAAAUGCAGUGCCAGAGGUGGAAGGAGAGGCAGAGAGCAUCAGCUCCCUGUGCUCGCAGAUCACCAGUGCCUUCAGCACACCCUCCGAGGACCCCUUCUCCUCUGCCCCAAUGACCAAACCAGUGACAUUGGUGGCACCACAGUCUCCUGUCUUACAAGCUAAUGGCACUGACUCAGCCUUCCAUGUGCUUACUGCUAAGCCAGCCAAUACUGCCCUAGCACCUGUAGCAAUGCCUGUGCGCGAAACCAACCCUUGGGCCCAUGCCCCUGAUGCUGCUAACAAGGAAAUUGCAGCCGUACAUCCGGGGGCUGAGUGGACUCAGUCUUCUGGCGCUGCCUCUCCAGGUCUCUUCCAGGCUGGCCACAGACGCACUCCCUCCGAGGCUGACCGUUGGUUAGAAGAAGUGUCAAAGAGCGUCCGGGCCCAGCAGCCACAGGCCUCAGCUGCCCCUCUGCAGCCUGUUCUCCAGCCUCCUCCACCCACUGCCAUCGCCCCUCCAGCACCACCUUUCCAAGGAAAUGCAUUCCUCACCUCUCAGCCUGUGCCAGUGGGUGUGGUCCCACCCCUGCAACCAGCCUUUGUCCCUGCCCAGUCCUACCCUGUGGCCAAUGGGAUGCCCUAUCCGGCCUCUAAUGUACCUGUAGUGGGCAUCACCCCUUCCCAGAUGGUAGCCAAUGUGUUCGGCACUGCAGGCCAUCCUCAGGUCACUCAUCCCCAUCAGUCACCAAGCCUGGUCAAGCAGCAGACAUUCCCUCAAUAUGACACAAGUAGUGCUACCACCAGUCCCUUCUUUAAGCCUCCUGCUCAGCACCUCAACGGUUCUGCAGCUUUCAAUGGUGUAGACGAUGGCAAGCUGGCCUCAGGAAGCAGGCAUGCAGAGGUCCUUCCAGGCACCUGCCCAGUGGAUCCUUUUGAAGCCCAGUGGGCUGCGUUAGAAAGCAAGUCCAAGCAGCGUACAAAUCCCUCCCCUACCAACCCUUUCUCCAGUGACUUACAGAAGACGUUUGAAAUAGAACUUUAGGCAAUCUCUGUGACAUGUGUUUUUAUGUACUUAGGCAGGGGAAGGGGGUGGAGGGCAGAGAAGCAAAGGGACUUUGCUUUCCUGAUCAGUACACUUUUCACUAAUCCCAAAGGUCCCAAGGAGCAAGUGCAAGCACAGAGCAGGUGAGGGGUGAUGUCCACAGAAGUGAAGAAAGUGUUCCUGAGAGGACUGCCCUGCAGCUAGGCUAGAGAGUCAAGAGCACAUUGCCUUCUGGCCCCUCCCCUCUCCUACCUUACAAAUCUCUGGCACAGAGAGGCAGGAGUAUCUGAAGAGGAAUAUAUAUUCAAAGCACAUUUACUGGAAUAUAAAGCAUAACAGGAAGCAAAACAAUCUCCCUUUCUUUUUCGGGCCAGGCACCUGUCCCUCCCAGUACCGGCCAGUCUUAGCCCGGAGAACAGUGUGGCUUGCACUCAGGCUGGGAAGCACGGCAGGCUGUGCUGCUGGGCUCACAGGAGACCACAUCAGUAGUGGCCCAGCACAGCUGUAUUCCGGGGAGAAAGCUGAGCUUCCAUUUUGAGUAACAGAAUAAAUAUUAUAAAUAUAUAUAUAUCAAAAAGCCAAAAUCUUUAUUUUUAUGCACCUAGAAUAUUUUAAAUAGUUCUGAAUAUUAAAAAUAUGAGUUGUAAGUAAUCUUGCCAAAAGUGAGCGGGUUAGUUGUAAGAAAUUGUACAUAAGAUUGAUCUAUCAUUGAUGCCUGUUGAAGUGAAAAAGAGGAAAGGUUGGCAGUUGUAGGCAGGAGCCCUGGCUUGUUCGCGAUCGCUCAUUGUACCUAGCAUAUUGCAACAACAAUCACACUGAUGACCAGUCAGUCACUAGGUUGUAGUUUUAAGUAAAGGAAGUGUUGUCCUGGUUUUAAACCUACAGUGAAAUUCUAAUGUCAUUACCCUAAUGGGGUCAAUCUACGCUCUAGAGAAUGUGUAUUAUCUUUCAUGUAUCAUUGCAGUUUCCUUAUGUUAUACUUUAGCAUUAAGGUGACAAUGACAUACUCCUACCCAGAGAAGGGAAUGCAGGCUGUUGUGUUGGUUUGUAGUGUGGGUCUUAGUAGGUUCUGUCCUUGAAGUUUUGUUCCUGUAAGUUUUACAGGGAUGAGGAUUCUGAUUUUAUGCGUUCUGUGUGUCCGUGUCCCCUUCAGCCCCGCUGGGAACAGAACAUCCCAUGCCAGUUGCAGCUACUUGACCUCGGGUAACAACGUGAGAUCCCAUCCCAUUUUUACUUUUGAACGUUGGCCUUACAAUCAAAUGUAAGUUAUAUAUACAUAUAUAUAUAUUUGUACUGAUGAGAAUUUAUAAUCUGCUUUAACAAAAAUAAAUGUUCGUGGUAGAA